AUGGAUGGAGGGCAGCCCAUCCCCUCGCCCCUAGUGCCCCUUGGGAACGUGUCAUCAGAAUCUAGCAUGUCUCUGGAGCAGAAAACAACAUUUGUUUUUGUGAUUUUAUUGUUUAUUUUCUUGGGCAUCCUCAUUGUCAGGUGCUUCCGGAUUCUUCUGGACCCAUAUCGGAGCAUGCCGACCUCUACCUGGGCUGAUGGACUUGAAGGCCUGGAGAAAGGGCAGUUUGACCAUGCCCUUGCUUAG